AUGCCCGUCAACAUCCGUCAUUGUGAAGUCUGCCAUAAUACCACUGAGGAAUUUGCCUCCUCACUUGUGGACAAUGUUAACAGGGUUGGCUUUUCUUUUACCUCGGAGUUUGAGCUUGUGGUCAACUCUAUGCUUAUUGCCUUCGGCUGCCCCGACUGUCGGGUACUUCGAGAUGAUACUUUUGGUCUCUUCGUUAGGCACCAUACCCCCUCCCCUCCUUCUUCUUCAUUUGCCCCCAGCCAGUCUACCGGUUCACAAGGUACUGGCUCUCUGGUGGGUGAACACCACACUGCGAGUGCUGGGACUUCCGCAGCAUCAAACAACCUGGUGGUAGGUGAAGCCGCAAUGGCUAUACCACAUUUACCCUCCUCUGGACUGCCCUCCCACGGCUCAAUUGCCACCACCAAGCAUACUCUCUCACUUGUUGAGAAGGUUGAUGCCUUUAUGGAUACCGGUGGUGAGCCGGGUAUUUACCAUUCCGAUAGGACUAUUACCGAAAUUGGCCGCCGUCGCUUUCUUAAGCCAACUGGAAAUGUGGCCUGGGCUGACGAGAUUGAGAGUACCCCACAUGAUGUCUCCAUGGGCCUGGGGGGAGGCAGGACAACUGAAGGAAAUGGGAUUGGGGAUAGCAAACAUGCUUCCCCGGAUGUGCAAGAGGAGGACGAGGUUGCUUUAGUUGGGGAUGGGACUCAGUCUACGGACUAUGGGUCUAUGCCUCCCCUUCCAUCCACCUUGGCUGAAACUGUGAGUGAUUCACCGGCCUACCAUAAUGGUUCGCUAGGGGUGGUAUCCACUUUGACCACAGCUGAAGUAGACAUGUUGGGGGGAUUAGAAGAGAUGGAAUAUGGGCAGGCUGUACCUGCAGUUGGAAGUGAUGAUGGCAGUGUGCUGGAUUUGCCCAUGAGUUUAGGUCGUGGUUGCACAUCCGAGAGGGAUGGGAUGGGCGACAGUGUUUGGGCCUCAGCUUCCCGGCAAGCAAGUUCCGAUAGCUCUGUUAAUCCUCUGGACUCUCAGGUUCCUAUCAUGGAACAAAGUUUAAUGAUUGACCAGACGGACGAAUACCUACGCUUUUCAGAAGUUGGAAUGGACAUGCACUUUGUUAAGAUUGUGCUCAAUAAUCUUGACCAUACAGUUCAUGCCCUCCGGAAUCAUGUGAACCGCUUGGAGUCGCGUGUUCGUGAGUUAGAGGAUGACAAGGACACCCAUGGUCGGACUUUGCUGCACCGAGACAAGCCCCCGGGGAAAGGGAGGACUCCAACCCCUGUUCCGAUACCGCUAACUCCUGCUCCCGCUCCUGGGAAAGUAAAAACUGCAGCACCCGUGCUUGUACCGUUGGCUCGGGCUCCCGCCCUGCCUCGGAAACCAGCUCCUGUCUCACCAUCGGUAGUGACACUGCGGCCCUCGAAUAUUCCCCUACCCCCAGCUAAGCCUUCCUAUGCUAGGGCAGCCGCCCCUACUCAGAGUGAGAAGGAAUUUACAUUAGUCCAGCGCCGGAGACUCAAAUCCCUACCCCCUGCCCCCACAGUUACAGUGAGGGAGCGCCAUGUGACUGUUCGUUUUGAUGACCGGCAUUCGAAGACACGCCUCCCCUCUGGGGUUGACACAGAAAUGGUCAAGACCUCCUUAAACCAGGUACUUGCCUCUUCCUCCUCCCCAGCCAGAUUUGCAUCCUGUGUGCAACACCGGACCUCUGGGGACCUCUUACUUACCCUGGCUGAGCACUCCGCCCUAUCGGUUUGGAAACUGGUUGCUGGAAUGGAACGGGCCUUGAUGGAGCUGAAAGUGCAUUCAUUCACCUUUUGCCAGGACACUAAGAAGGUUAAGAUCCUGGCUUCAAAUAUUCCCUUUGCCCCUUCAGGUGUUGGUAAUGCUUGGAAGGUCGAGGAUUGGCAUGGGGAUGAGGCCUUUGAUGACAUGGUUAGAGAUAUUGAGCUGUCCAACCCUGGCAUUCACCUGAUUGGCCGGCCACACUGGGUUGGCAGUUUGGAGGGACACAAAUCUCGCAAACAUGUAUUGGGCUCUGUCAUACUCUCUGUGGAGCUCAAUCAGAAGGUUAAGUGGGCCCUGGACCGGUCGUCCAUUAUGGUAUAUUCCCGGCGACGUCCACUUCUUAUCUGGGCUGAUGUCAAGCCCUCCUCUAUUUGCCAGCGGUGUCUUCAGCGUGGACACGUUGCAGUUAUGUGUCGAGCCCCAGUUGCUUGUAAGUUUUGUGAUGGUGGGCACUACUCGGUUGAUCAUUCAUGUCCAGUAAAGGAUUGCCGGGCUGCCAAGGGAUCCCUGUGCUCUCAUGUCAGAUCGGUUUGCCGCCUUUGCUCUCUUGUUGGUCACCUUACAGGAGACCCUGCAUGUCCUGGUAUUCAGCGGCCCUCGGCUUCCACUCCACGCUCCUCUUCUGGUAUGGGCAAGGUUGCUCAGGAGGAGACUACCAGAAAAAUAGAUGAGACUGCGGUAUUGGCUGCCACCUCACUGAAGGCCUCAGACAGGUCUUGCUCCAAUUCCCGCUGA